ACAAAUCGAGCAUGCUUCUUGUAGACUAUUGCCACCACAACAGUCCGCGAUACAUGCAUAGAUCGAGACUUAUCUACUGACGAAGAACUCCUCAUGCAAGAUAUCAAUACCGACGCGAACAACCAUAUUCCCUACGUCCAUCGCUCAAAGGCAUCCAAGUUGGACGAUGCUCCCGAAGCUCAGAUACGAGAUCUGCGUCAGCAGUACGUCUGUCCAUCGGAAGCAGAAGACGCUAUUCGAGGAGCGGUUUCAAUUGAGCUCAGCAACGCCCCCCUUCGUCUGCUCAACACCUCUACGGGGAUUCUGUGCGACCGAGCAGCACAGCUGAACUCCUUCAAAACAAGUCCAGAGUACAAGGAGCUUUUGUCAUCCAUAACAAAGCGUUCGGAUCUCGACAUGGAACGCAUCAGGGGGGUGGUGGCGAUGCACUUCCGUUGCGUUUUGCUAUCACACAGGUGGGAAGAGACGGAGGUGCUGCUGCACCACAUCCAAAAUAAAGAUGUGCGCAAGUUGAAGGGACUUGGUGGCAUCACGAAACUGCUGUCGUUCUGCAAAGUCGCUCGUGAUGCGGGGUAUCUCUGGGCGUGGAUGGAUACAUGCUGCAUCGAUAAGAGCAACAACGCCGAGCUUGGAGAAUCGGUCCAAUCCAUGUUCGUCUGGUAUCGUCACUCGGCCCUCACCAUCGUCUACCUAUCCGAUGUCCCUCCUUCGUCCCAACCCGGUGCACUAGCAAGCAGUGUUUGGAACGAGCGGGGAUGGACCUUUCAAGAAUUUGUCGCUCCGAAAGUCGUUAGAUUUUAUCACAAGGAUUGGUCGUUGUAUCUCAACGAUCGCUCUCUCAACCACAAAGAGUCCCCAGCAAUAAUGAAGGAGUUGGAGAGUGCGACGGGAAUAGAUGCACAGGCCCUGAUCUCCUUCCGUCCAGGGAUGAGAGACGCUAGACAGAAACUGCAAUGGGCAUCGAAGCGCGUCACCACUGUGCAGGAAGACACCGCGUACUCGUUAUUUGGUAUCUUCGACGUCCACCUACCUGUCAUCUAUGGGGAGAGGAAGCAGAGCGCGCUCGGCCGGCUCCUGCAGGAUAUCGUGUCUCGGUCUGGCGACAUCACUUCCUUGGACUGGGUCGGACAAUCAUCCGAGUUCAACAGUUGCCUUCCAGCCGACAUCAUCUCCUAUGCAACCCCGCCAUACUCCCUACCAUCAUUGUCUGAAGAUGAGAUUCAGACAGCGGUCUCUUCGUUGCGAAAUAUUGUGCUUGUGGAUUUAGCUUCGAAGUUGUAUAAUCUACUCAAGAACACGAAUGCUCCCCUCUUUGCAAACUGCAGACUGCGUCUUCCUUGCAUCGCAUUCCGUGUCACGGAAGUCAAACGGAAGCGGGGUCAUACUGCCCAUUUCACGUAUGGAGUGAAAGCAGAUGGGCUUCGAGACUUGCUGAUCACCACGGACGAGACCCUAAUUAAAUUCUCGCGCACAAGGCCCACUCAGCAGAUGUUCUUCCUUGUCCGUCCAUGGGACCGUCGUCUCCUUGGGCUGCCUGAUUUUUCAGAGCAGCCUACCUUUGCAGACGAAGGGGAAAGCGUAGGGGAUUGGUCCGAGUCUGGAUCAGACGACACUGACGAGCGGUCCAGCAACUCACCUGGAGAAGAGAAGUUGUCAGUUGACUCGGAUGUUCACUUACGAUCAUUGCGUUUGAUGGUGCACCUUGGGCAGGCUUUCAGCGCACUUUUGGUAGCGGAGCAACGUGUUGGAGAAUACAAGAGGGUCGCAUCGGACCAAUAUAUCAUUGCGCAGGUGAAAGACCCGGCUUCGAUUGACAUUAUGAACAUCGAGACCCUAGACAUAUUGUAGCUGAAUGGUGUUUUUACAACACGUCAACGAUCACAUUAUCAUAGCCUCAUAUAUCAUACAUACCUACAAAUGACCCUCGCAAAUACAAGA